AUGUUCUCGACAACUAAAGUAUCAAAUAGUCAUGCUGAUCUAUCCGGCAUCUCUGAUAACAAACGAUUGAAUGUUUCAACAAAAACAAAGAAAAUAUAUGUUUUACUGGGAUUUCUCACUUUAAUGACAUUGGCUACCAUAGUACUAUCAGCCUCUAUAUUAGGUCUUAUUAUCCGAAGAUCUGAAUCAAGUGUAAUCAUGGUAUGUAGUCAUGGUAUGCUAGUAUGUUCCAUACAUAUUGAUGAUUUGAUGAAUCAUUUACAACAAAUGCAAAAAUUUGCGGAUGAAUCAAAUGGUACUCGUGCUAUUCACACACAUGGAUUCAAUCGCACAUUUGAUUAUAUUUACAAUUAUUUAACAAUUAAUACCAAUUUGAAAGUUCAAAGACAAUAUUUCCCUUACAAAACAUUCACAUUAAACAGUGAUCCCAUCCUAUCAGCGUACAUCAACAAUAUUGAAACCAAUUUUACAUAUGGCUUGAAACAAGAUUUUACAUACUUGAAAUAUUCUGGAUCGAACAGUUUUACGAACCCAAUUCGCUUAACAUCAAUACCAAAUGUCGGAUGUGAUGAGUCUGAUUGGUUAGCUGCAAUAUAUCCAUCGGCAAAUAGUGUGGCUCUAGUUAAGCGUGGUAUUUGUUCAUAUACUGAAAAAUCUGUAUUAGCUGCUAAAUAUGGCGCUGCUGGUCUUCUUAUUUAUAAUGAUGGUACGACACCAGAUCGAUAUCCUCCUACAUCAGGACGUGUUCAUCCAGAUACAACAUUUCCAGUCUUGUUUUUAUCUUACCAGGCUGGCACACAUCUGAAAAAUGCAGCACAAAAUUUAACCACAAAUACACAUAUAAAAAUUCGUAUCUCAACGACAAAAUAUCCAGCUCUCGUUGGCAAUAUUUGUGCUCAUACAUUGACAGGUAAUGCAACUCAGACUAUUCUUAUUGGCAGUCACAGUGAUAGUGUACCAGAGGGUCCGGGAAUUAAUGAUAAUGGAAGUGGUAGUGCAACAAAUCUUGUCCUCGCAACCAACUUGGCUCGUUUAUUUCAAACUUCAUCUUAUCAACCGUAUAAAUAUCGUGUGAAAUUUUGCUGGUGGGGUGCGGAAGAAGUUGGACUGGUUGGGUCUGAUUAUCAUGUUUUUCAAGCCAAUCAAAGCAUCUUCGAAGGCGAACGUCUUUCGGAUUAUCUUGUAAAUCUUAAUUAUGAUAUGUUAGGAUCACCAAACUUUCAAAUAGGUAUCUAUGAUGGUAAUUCAACUUAUAUGAGUACAGCCCCAUCGAAAGCCAUCCCUGGUAGUAUUCGCUUAACCCAAUUAUUUCGUGAUUGGUUCAUCAGUCAAAAUCUUCCAUAUACUAUGAGUGAACUUGGUGGUGGAAGUGAUUAUGGUCCGUUUUUAGCAGCUGGUAUUGUUAUAUCAGGUUUAAAUGCUGGCGUGUAUGAUAAAAAAACCAAAGAAGAAAGAGAUUAUUAUAAUCGAAUGUUAGGACAAGGAAAAGGUGGCAUAGCUAAUGUCGAACAUGAUCCUUGUUAUCAUGACUUUUGUGAUUCAUUAGAAAAUAUUAAUCUUCUUGGCUAUGAAAAAAUGACACAAGGUGCUGCCUAUGUACUGGAACAUUUAGGUAGACAUACUGAUUUAUAUUCAUAUUUAUAUCCUCAAAAAGAAAUUCGGCAACUGGAAAAUUCAUGA